AUGGAAGAGCGAAAGAAGGCAAGCAGAAAGGAAACUUCUUCACUUGCUGGCUUUGCUGAGGGGACGGCGGAUCUCGAGGCCUUAAGAGUGACAGAGCUCAAAAGGCCUGAUCUGGUCCUCAGUGGCAUGGCAUCUUCUUCGGCGGAUAGGAGCACCAAGCCAUCCUACAGCAAUGGCAGUAUCCAGUCGCAGCCAUCAUCUGAUGAUGUCUCUCAGAAGGCCGACUCUGAAUUCGGCACAAAGCCUCCCAGUCUCGAUGGCAAAAGCAUCACAUCCGGGACGACCUUCAACGCCCUUGAUGAGAAGGAGAGCUUGAGACCCGAUGACAGCGCAAGCGUCAAGGCCGCAGCCGACGAAGAUGACACGUUCUCGGUCCGUGGCUCCUUGGUGGUCAAUUCUCGCCUGGGCUCUGAUAUUGCCCCUCGCAUCCACCGUAUCCAGAUUGGUGAUAUGCCACCCCGUAUCAUUGCCCACAUAAGCCCGGAGCCGGCUGUUCCUGGCAUCGUGACCCCUCGGAGCCUAUCCUCAGAGCAGCAACCGGUGACUGAGGCUCGGGUGCAGUUGGCCACGAUCACAGUGCCUCCCGAUGCUCUGAAUGGGCAGAGCCCGGAUGAGAAGCUCCUCGAUGCGAUGCAGACUCCAAAAGACCGCCUCUUUCUUCUCAGGCUGGAAAGCGACGUUGUCAAUUUCGUGCAAAACUCAAAGGAACCGUUCAUGGACUUGCCACCGAGCAACUCUUUUUGUCGGAUGCUCACGCACAAGCUGGCUGAUUACUACCACAUGACACACUCUUUCGAGGCCGUCGCCGGUUCUGUUCGCAUAUUCAGGACACCGUUCUGCCGCGUUCCCCCACCGCUGGCCAGCCUGGUCGCUGUCAACCCUCCGAGUAGCAACACGCCUCCUCCGACCAUCCAGCCAAAGAAGAUCAUGCGGCGAGGUGAAGACACGGAACUCUCUCUUAGCGCAGGGCCAUCGAAGGCAAAUUCUGAGACUGGAAGUGACUCCAAGGACAAAGGAGCCCGGGCAAAGGAAACUUUGUCGAGAGAAGCCCGCGAAGAGGCCUACAACAAAGCGAGGGAGCGCAUCUUUGGCAGCUCCAUGCCGGCAGAGUCGUCCACACCUGAAAACGACGACGGGACGGGGAUCUCACGAGCAAGCUCUGUGUCCGCAAAGGACAAGGCAGCCUUGAACAAGAAACUAAAGGCAGGAAAGCAAAGGCGAGACGACUCAGAGAGUUUUGACUCCAGGUCUCAGUAUACCCCAUACUAUACGCACCCGCAACAGCCGACUUGGAUUCCUCCGCAAUACAUAAUCCCCGCAGGCAACGUCCAGUACUCCCAAGGGCAGGCCGUCAUGCAACAGGCACAGCCCCCUCUGUCCCAGCAGCAGGUGCAGCCACUGCCGGCGCAAGUUCAAACGCCACCUUUCGCCAACGCAAUACAGCCGCAGGUUGCGUAUGGCAACCCGCCAUCGGGCUAUCCUCAAGCAGCACCAGGCAAUGGUCUUGUUCCCCAGGCCGGCGCCUCCCCUCAGCAAUAUCCCCCACAGCCAGUGCCAUCGCGCUACCCGACACAAUCCGCUCCUCCCGGCUUUCCAUAUGCUCCGACCGUCCAGCCAGGCAUGGCGGCACAGCGGUGGCAGCAGCCCCCUCCAUCAUUCAGUCCGAACCCAUUCCCGAGUCCACAGUCACGAACGUUGCCGCCUCAUGUCGGAAUUCCAUAUGCGUUUGGCCAGCUGCCCGUCAAUGUUAAUCCCAACGACCCGAAGAGCCAGCACCCCAUUCCUGGAAGCUAUGCGGGAAACUACAAUCGCCAUUCGUUUAACCCGCAGACUCAGUCGUUUGUGCCCGGGAACGGAGCGAUACCGCCGCCGGGUCCACCGAUGCACUACGGUGGCGGCAUGCAUGUACCUAUGGUCGGCCUUCCACAGGGUCAAACUGCAGGACCGCCGAAUGCAUAUGGUGGAAAUGGUUAUCAACAGCUACCAGCGCUCUCGGUGUCUCCGUACGGCGAGGGUCCCGUGUCCAGCUACGGCAUGCUGCGACAGGGUUCAAACAACUCGGGGCCGCCGUUCGCUCAGGCUCAGGUUCAGGGGCCGAUGGCAUAUCAAGGACCGGGACCGGCUUCGCAUGGUGUGACUCCGCAUGGGCCGGCACUGGACCCUGCUGUUCACGGCCCUCGCAGCCAAGUGGCCGCUCGCGGACCCAAUAUGGUGCCGUUUCACGCGCCCCCGCGGGGACCGUCUCACGGCGCAGCACACAUCCACAAGCAACACGUCCAACACGGUCCUGUAUAUGGACCGAAGAAGGCAGGCGUGGCACCGGGUCCGGUAGCAAGGCCGCAGGCAUUCAGCUAUCUGCCCAACUACGGGAACCCAGCGACGUUGCCGCAAAAGCCUGCGACGGCGGCAGAACUGCGACAUUGA